AUGGACGCUGAGGACAUUUCAGAUCUCUCGUCCCCCUUGAGUUCGCCUCCUAGUUCUCCUCUCAGUUCCCCUCCAGAUUCGCCAAAACUACCUCCUGGCUUUCAGGUUCUCACCCCUCCUCCCUCACAACAUGCGGGCGACGAAAUGCCCCGUCCACGAAAGCGCCGGAAGAUCGAGCCAAAGAUCCGCACUACUCAGUACUUGGAUCUCACUUCAGACACCGCGCAGUCCGAGUAUGAUCGCUCAGAAGCUCUAGAUACCCUUCUCAAGGCCUUGCGAAAUAGGAGAAAGAUCGUGGUGAUUGCUGGCGCGGGUAUAUCUGUCUCGGCUGGCAUCCCCGAUUUCAGAUCUUCUCAUGGGCUUUUCAAGAGCUUGAGAGGGGAACACAGAUUGAAAAGCUCUGGCAAGAUGCUCUUUGAUGCUUCUGUCUACAAGGAUGACCAUUCGACCUCGAGUUUUCAUGACAUGGUCCGCAAGCUCUCCAAGAUGUCUGCGAACGCCAAGCCCACCCUCUUCCACCGUUUCCUCGCUCGGCUCGCCGUUGAGGGACGAUUAUUGCGAUUGUAUACGCAGAAUGUCGACUGUCUAGAGACCUCGCUCCCACCACUGGCCACUCAAGUGCCUCUCAACCACAAAGCGCCCUGGCCAAAGACGGUCCAGCUACAUGGGGGCCUUGAGAAAAUGAUGUGUCAGAAAUGCAGACACAUUUCCGAUUUUCAACCGAACCUGUUUGACGGCGCCGCUCCUCCUCUUUGCCCUCAGUGCGUCGCGGCAGACGCCUUGAGAACGGCUCAUGCUGGAAAGCGAAGCCACGGUGUUGGCAGAUUGCGACCUAGAAUUGUCCUCUAUAAUGAGCAUAACCCUGAUGAUGAGGCGAUUGGCGCGGUGACGACGGCAGAUUUUCGAACGAGACCAGAUGCUGUCAUUGUUGUCGGCACUAGCAUGAAAAUCCCGGCUGUGCGACGCAUUGUUCAUGAGAUGUGCCAGAUUGUCAGAGACAGGCGGGAAGGUACUACGGUAUGGAUCAAUCGAGAUCCCGUACCCCCCGGGAAAGAUCUCGAAAACUGUUGGGAUCUUGUUGUCAAAGGCGACAGCGACGAAGUGGCGCGAUUGGCACGCUUGAAAGAAUGGGACGACCCCAGCCAGGAUGUGGCCGAGAAUUAUACAGAGGCCGAUCUCGACAGGAUCAAGUCUAGCCAGGGCGAAAUUGAGGUGGUCAUACCUCCAAGUCCCAAAAAGAAUGAGUGCGCGGUCCAACGUUUGCUGCCGUCAGCGGAUUUCCAUGCGAUGACUCCUCCACGAAGUCAGAACGGGGAUGUGCCUUCACGAACAAAAGCAGAAAACGAGGUCACAUCUACAACGCCUUCGCCGAUCCGAAUCAAACUUCACGUCACCGAGCGAAGCAAACAGGUCGCGGUCAAAAAUGCAGCCAGUUCUGGCAAGACCAUUGCUGAACUUCUCGGCGGAAAGGAGAACAAAGACAAGCCUGCAAAGUCCAAGACUUCUUUGAACAAGAAGCCCAGAGUGACAAAGGUCAGGGCAUCUACGAAUCCUCGAAACCAAGGAGUCUUAUCUGGAAAGGUCACCAAACCGGUCGUUGCAAUCAACAACGCGGCGUACAAGAAGUCUCUGCCCGAGCCGUUGUCGCCUCGUCGCGACGCCAACGACACAUUCAUUCCACCGCACAAAUCGGAAUACUCCAGCGUAGAGGUCAGUCCGGCGCCAGAGACGCCUCCCUCGACUUCGACGCGGGAAGAGUGGCGAAACGUGGAAACGGUAUCUCCUACUGGCCGGAUACCAUCGGAUAUGAUCAAGUUAUUGAACUAG